AUGGAGGAGCCAGUGAAACCUCACCCUUCCUAUCCAGUUCAGCAUAUUCAAAAACCCACACCAAGACCUGACUUUCUAUAUCCACAGCAAUACAAUCAACAUGAUAAAACUAACCAAGUUUUUAUGGAGUUUCCUAGCAAGUCUUUCAUGAAGAAUGAAAUUAAGAAACAAUUCUCACCAACAAAAUCCUCUACAAAACCAAAUUUACCAAGUGGUUUGGGAAGUUUUUCCAACUACUACCAGUUCAUGAGUGAAACGAUCGAUGAACAAGGUCCAUACCGAAUGAUGGUCUUUAAUGACUUCAUGACGGCCAACCUCAACACCACUGCCCAUGGAAUUCCUAAUUAUGCUCGCGCAAAUGGAAAAUUCAAAAAAAUGUUUUGGGGUUUGACAAUACUGUUGAUGACAUCUGGAAUGGUUUUCAACAUAUACGAACUGACACAACGCUACAUGGAUCGGCCGAAGCAAGUAACACUGAGCAUCACUAGGAACGAUGCACUGAACUUUCCAUCAGUGACCAUCUGCAACAUGAAUCCUGUCAAAAAAUCUGCCCUAGAUGGCCAACGGAACACAAGCUCCAAUGGUAACAGAGGAUCAAGUAAUGACGGAAGUUCUACCAACGCACAAGAUUGUCCAGAGAAUUGGUUGUAUUACUCAAACUACUGCUAUGGAGAAUUUUCAUUGUCAGCAUCUUGGCAUGUUGCUAAUUCCACUUGUGUGAGAAAACACACUUGCACAUUAUGUAUGCACGCGCAAGCACCGCAUCAUACCGGUAUGAUGGUCAUUGAGUUUCGGACAGACAGUAUUCGAACCAUGCUUAAAACGCCAUACUUGGCACUUCUACCGGCUUAG